ACUACCGCAAUCACCGAGCGCACACCACGAGCAGCUCGGUUGCUCCAUCCAGAAGGAAUCAUAAAGUAGGAAGGAAGAGGUCCACGGUGUCCAAGAGCGCCCUUUUUUUGCUCGGUUCGCGCUGCAAAACUCGAAGCAAAAACGCGAAAAAAGUGCUGGUGUAGUGUCCAACAGAGAGAGAGAAAGAGAGAGUGAGAGAGAGGGAGAGAAAGAGAACAGGGAAAUAGAAACGCGGAAAAAGCAAAACGCAGUUCGUCCUCAAAGAAACAUCGAAUUUUUGUGCUUAUAUAGGUCCUUAUUAUUAGGUUGUUGAUUCGGUUCCGCCUCCUCUUUCGGCGCGCGGUUAAUAUAUCCAGCCAGGCGGCAGCGGCUGGCGGUUGGUAGGGUGAAGUGUGUUGCAGUAGGCGAAGAAGCAAUUGUGGUUGCUGCUGCUGCUGUUUGGUGGUCGCGUCGCUGUACAAAUCGUUGUUGCUGCUGUUGUUAUUGUUGUUAGGUGGUGGAACACCUUCCGUUGUUCGCGUGGGACCGUAUCGGCGAGUUCGACCGUGGUGCUUGCUGAUGCUACUGGCCCGGAAAUCCGUGGUCCUGGGUGUGCAAAUGUUGGCCGAAAUGUUUAAUACGAAAGCCAGUUCUUGUUAGAGUGUUAUUAUAUACACGCGGGCAUACAUACGCAUAAUUAUACACCUUAUUAUACAGAUGCAUACAGUCUAUAUGCAGACGGAUAAAGAGAUAUACAUACAUAUACAUACGAAACGCGUCGCGCAAAAGCAACAAUCCCAUCCCGCCCCGAGUUUUCGAGGAUUCGCCUAAAUUGCCAAAUCCAAAUCCCCUCGCCCAACACACGGCGACAGUGGUGAACGGACUAGGAUCAGGACCGUGGCGGGGUCCGCGAAGACGACGUCAACGACGACGGCGACGGUGGUGAACGUGCAAAAACCAAUCCCAAAAACGCUCCCAAACCCCCUUCUUCCUCCACCCUCCCCCACACCUCCUCUUGCAAGGAGCACAACGACGAGAAGGACGAGGAAACCAUCAACACCCAUCACGAGCCAAAGCGAACAACAGCAGCCAACAUGGGGGAAAUGGAUAGAAAUAAUAAAAAAAUUCUCCAAAACAUCAAAAUGCCCGAGCAAAGCAACGAUUACCGAGUGGUGGUAUUCGGAGCGGGUGGUGUUGGCAAGAGCUCGCUAGUGCUGCGGUUCAUCAAGGGCACGUUCCGGGAGAGCUACAUCCCAACGAUUGAGGAUACGUACCGGCAGGUUAUCAGCUGCAACAAGAACAUCUGCACGCUACAAAUUACCGACACGACCGGUUCGCACCAGUUUCCCGCGAUGCAGCGAUUGUCCAUCACCAAGGGUCACGCCUUCAUACUGGUGUACUCGGUUUGCUCGAAGCAGAGCCUCGAGGAGCUGCGGCCAAUAUGGAGUUUAAUCCGGGAGCUGAAGGGUGACGAGAUUUCCCAGAUCCCGGUCAUGCUGGUGGGCAACAAAUGUGAUGAAAGUGAAGACUUGCGUGAGGUAACCAACAUCGAAGGCCAAACCGAGGCCGCCACCUGGGGUGUAUCGUUUAUGGAAACGUCUGCCAAAGAGAACCACAACGUGACCGAGCUUUUCCAGGAGCUGCUCAAUAUGGAAAAGAACCGGAACGUGUCGUUGCAGCUGGACGGGAAAAACAAGAAGAAAAACAAAAAGAAAAUGAUGAAGGAACAGGCCAAGGAGGAGAAGCUGCUGAAGGAGAAGAAGGAAAAGCAACUGCAGCGGGAGAAGGAAAAGGGCAAGGAGAAGGAGAAAGAUAAGGAGAAGCAGGCCAAAGAGAAGGACAAAGCUAAGGAGGGAAAGGACGGAAAAACGGGUUCCAGUAACGCACAGCAAUCAGCAGCAGCCGCCGGAGGAGGAGCAGGCGAGGGUAGUGGUACACUGAAGGAGAAGUGUAAGGUAAUGUGAAAAGCCAGAAGGGAAAUGGCGGAACCAGGCGCUAACCGUCGCCACGGUGGUUAGUUAGCAUGCAUGGACCAGCCACAAAGCCAGCCGACAAUGGCAAAUGAUGCGGAAAUGCUAUCAAAGCACCAAAUACAUCGAUGGAAGUUGUCCUUCCCUCCCCCGGGGGAGGGAACUCCACCGAAUCGAACUCGUUACAUUCUUGAUAUUAAUAUUUGAAGCUACUACAAGACACUGGACACACUGACACACACACGAACAGGCAAGGAUAAUAAUACGUAGUAGAGUACGCGUCGCAAACAGAGGAAUUCAAUUCGUUACCGAGCUGGAAGAUGAUCAUGUGUACAUAUUGCGAUGCGGUGUGCUUUAAGAAGAAGUUCGUUUAAGGUGACGUUUUGAAGAAAGGAUGCGUGGGGGAAGGGUGAAUGGAUGAAGAAGAUGGGAUGCCCAGAUAUCAGAAGCAGAUGCGAGGACGCGGUAUCCCUUAAGAGGCGGCACUACAGUUACAACUACAGAAACACAAACACACAACGCUUUCCUCUGGCAAACAACCGACUCUUUCGGUCAACUCAGUCACACAUGUACUCAGUCUCUCAUAUGUAUGCACGAAGCAAUCGACGAAAGACCACAGGUGGCACGGUCAUGGCAACGAUGGGGUUGGGAAAGUGGUAUGAGGGAUCGUGUAAGGGACAUUCUAUGGUGCAAGAUCGAGAAUCGAGAAUAUUAUUCUUACGAGCAAAAGCAUACACAUUAUACACAAGAAAGAAAAAAAUACCAAUUCUCUUAGCUAUAUCUCUUAGCUUACCUAAAUAAUACACACGAAUCGAAUAGACGCUUACAACUGAAGUGCACUAGAACAGAAACAGAAAAAAGGCAACAGUAGGAAAAUUAACAGUAACAAUAAUUAUAUUUUGCUUCAAAUAAUAAAUCGUUGAGAUUAUCACUAG